AUGAAGCGUUUCGAGGCCUACGGCUGGCACUGCGAGUACGUCGAGAAGGGUGACACUGACCUCCAGGGUAUCGAGGAUGCCAUCAAGAGAUGCCAGGACGUCAAGGACAAGCCCUCAGUCAUCAAGCUCACCACCACCAUCGGUUUCGGUUCCCAGCUCCAGGGUACCGGCGGUGUCCACGGUAACCCCCUCAAGGCCGACGACAUCAAGCACGUCAAGACCCAGUUCGGCUUCGACCCCGAGAAGUCCUUCGUCGUUCCUCAGGAGGUUUACGACAUGUACCACAAGACUGCUGACGCCGGUGCCGCCGCUGAGGCCGAGUGGAACAAGCUCUUCGAGAAGUACGCUUCUGAGCACAAGGAGGCCCACGCCGACCUUGCCCGCCGUCUUACUGGCAAGCUCCCCGAGGGCUGGCAGAAGUGCCUCCCCACCUACUCGCCUUCCGACGAUGCCAUCGCUUCCAGAAAGCUUUCCGAGUCCGUUCUCGAGGCUAUCUACGAGGCUGUUCCCGAGCUGGUCUCUGGUUCCGCCGAUUUGACUGGCUCCAACAACACCCGCUGGAAGAAGGCUGUCGACUUCCAGCCNCCCAACACUGGCAUUGGCCAGUGGGACGGUCGCUACAUCCGUUACGGUGUCCGUGAGCACGCCAUGGCCGCCAUCAUGAACGGUCUUUCCGCCUACGGUACCCUCAUCCCCGCCGGUGGUACUUUCCUUAACUUCGUCUCAUACGCCGCUGGUGCCGUCCGUCUUUCCGCCCUGUCUCACCAGCGCGUUCUCUACAUCGCCACCCACGACUCCAUUGGUCUUGGUGAAGACGGUCCUACUCACCAGCCUAUUGAGACUCUUGCCCACUUCCGUGCCCUCCCCAACAUCAUGGUCUGGCGCCCUGCUGACGGUAACGAGUGCUCUGCUGCCUACUACGUUGCCCUGACCAGCCGUGAGACUCCCUCUCUCCUUGCCCUUACCCGCCAGAACCUGCCCCAGCUCGAGGGUUCCACCAUCGAGAAGGCCUCCAAGGGUGGUUACGUCGCUCUCGACCAGGAGAAGGCCGAUGUCACCCUCGUUUCCACCGGUUCCGAGGUCGGAAUCUGUCUUGAGGCUGUCAAGACCCUCAAGGACGAGUACAACCUCUCCGCUCGUGUCGUCUCUAUGCCCUGCAUGGAGGUCUUCGACGCACAAGACAAGGACUACCGCCUGUCGGUCAUCCCCGAUGGUAUCCCCACCAUGUCCGUUGAGGUCAUGUCGACUCUCGGCUGGGAGAAGUACUCUCACGAGCAGUUCGGUCUCAACAGAUUCGGUGCUUCGGGUGCCUACAAGGACGUCUACAAGAAGUUCGAGUUCACCGCUGAGGGCAUUGCCAGCCGUGCUAAGAAGACUGUCGACUUCUACAAGGACGUCAAGCCUCUGCGCUCUCCCAUCAACCGCGCUUUCCUCCAGCUCAUCUAA